GGCUGUUGUCGUCCGUCGGUCAUCCGUGUACGGGGGUUCAAGAAAUCUUGCUGCACAAGGCAUUGGGCGUGCGGAGAGGGGAGGGGAAAAAAAGAGAGUAAAGUACCGAAGAAAAUUGCCAACCCACCGGCCACCAACCACUGCGCUCUCCCUCUCCCUACUCUCUUCCCGAUCUCCUGGCUUUAUGUUAUAUUAAUGCUUUCGGCUUCGAUUCUCGAUCGGCUUCGAGCCCGACCAACUUCCAGAUCCCCCAUUUGUAAAACCCUAAACCCGUGGAAGGAAAAAAAAGGUACCUGAGAUGGAAUCGAAGCCCGAUUAGGUUCAUAUGCACGCAGGGGUUUUGGUGAAGGGGGAGGGCAUGGAGGGCGGCGGCGAGGUGGUGGAGGUGGUGAAGGAGGAGGAGGAGGAGGCGGCGGGGGCGAGCCCGCGGCCGAUGGCGGGGUUAAAUGAGGUGGCCCCGCCGCCGUUCCUGACGAAGACGUUCGAGAUGGUGGAGGACCCGGAGACCGACGAGGUGGUGUCGUGGAGCCGCGAUCGCAACAGCUUCGUCGUUUGGGAUCCCCACAAGUUCUCCAUGGUCCUCCUCCCUAUGCACUUCAAGCACAGUAACUUCUCCAGCUUCAUUCGCCAGCUUAAUACCUAUGGUUUUCGAAAGGUUGACCCGGACCGAUGGGAAUUUGCCAAUGAAGGAUUCUUAGGAGGCCAGAAGCAUCUCUUGAAGAACAUCAAGAGGCGACGAAACAUCUCCCAGAGCUUGCAACAGCAGCACGAUACGGGAGCCUGUGUUGAAUUGGAGCAGUUUGGGCUUGAGACUGAAGUUGAUAGAUUGAGGAGGGACUGCAACGUUCUGAUGGCAGAAGUUGUGAAGCUCAAGCAGCAGCAGCAGAAUUAUCAAGAACAGCUUUUUGCCAUGGAGGAAAGGAUUCAAGGCACCGAAAGGAAGCAGCAGCAGACAAUGGCUUUCUUGGGCAGAGCUCUCAAGAACCCAAUGUUUGUCCAGCAGCUUAUGCUUCGCUGUGGGCGGAAGAGGCAGUUAGGGAGUGUCAACAAGAAGAGGAGGUUGCCGGCGGAUACAAGUUCAGAACAUCCUCAAGCAACUGAAGUAGCAGAGAUUGAACUUGAGGUGGAGUCUCUGUUUUCCACAUUGAACAAUGAUCCAAGCAGUUCAAGCAACAGAUUUCAGAAAGAUGAUGUGGUAUUGGAAUCCAGCGAUCAGAAGUUGGACACAGCUUGCGAAGUGUUGUGGGAAGAAUUGCUGGAUGAACAUUUGCUCACAGGGGCUGAAGUAGAGCAAGGAGGUCAGGCUGAGAUAGAGGCUGGAAUGGAGGGGCUUGGUACAGGGAACUGGGGUGAAGAUGUACAAAUCUUAGUGGAGCGUUUGGGGCUUCUGGGUCCAAAGCCUUAGAGAUGGAAGGGGGGGAAAGUGGUUUGAGAACCUGUGGCCUUCUGCAACAUUUUUACUGUUUAGGUAUAUGAUUAUAUCACCCUGAAGUUUUACUAAUAGAUUUGAACAGCAUUGUGCAGCUAAACUACGAUCUCUUAAGCCACAGACAGGUGGAAUUGGUUGGAGAAAGCAGAGGGAUAUUUGAUGGAAUUUAUCCUUUAUUUAUAUCUGAUUUUCUUGUUGAUUUGUUUAAAGAGAUAAAGGCUGUGAAUAGUUUGAACUACAGUAUGCUGAAGACAACCAAAAGAUCUGCGAGAUAGAGCAGGAAAUAGUUUGCAUACAAUUGGCCUAACCCUAGCCCUAACUUGACAUGAAUGCUAAGUUAAGAAAGCUUUGGAAGAGCCACUAUGAGAGUUGAGACUGGCCAACAUAUGUUACAAAUGAGGUGUGAAGGAAAACAGAUUAGAGAUUCUAAUACAAAAGAAGAAAAAUCAUAUCUGUCGCUUCUUGGCAACCUUAGUUCGAACAACUCGUACUGAUUUGGAUGAUGAAGAGGAUGAGGCAAACCCAAGAAACUCCUUGUCCUGGCUAAAUGCUUUCAUGAUUUCAUUAAGAAGUUCCAGGUAUCUUCUCAUUCACUCUUCUGAAAAAAUAUGUUCAAGACCGAUGUAUUCUGAUAAAUCAUCAUCUGCGAUCUUGCUAAGCACCUUCGAGCACCGAGGAAGGAAGUGCAUUCCAGGUUCCACUGGUCCGGAAUUGCUUAGUGAGUAUUGCCACACCGCAUAAAAUAUGAAUAGUUAACCUCGAAGAAUCAUGUACCAGACCAAUUGAGAAUUUCCAGACCCAAAUGGACAGAUGGAUGGUAAAAGGCUAGAGCUUGUGUUUCUGUUCAUCUUUACUGUAUGAUGUAGGUAGGUCAGAAAAAGAUUUUUUUUAUUGAUUUUAACUGAGACUUUGCAUGCACUGACAAAAUGCAACAUGAAGAAUCUGUAUUAGCUAAUCCCCACAUCUAUAAUUUGAAUUCUUUCACUAGGAGAGCCCACAAUUCAGACAUGUGGAUCCUCCACUCUGGUUUA